AGCAGAAAAUUGUAGGUUGUUGUUCUGUCAAGCUACGAGAGUAGAGCUUUUUCAGUAUUUUUGAUUACUUAACGAAAAGUAUAACUGAAAUUUGUACCCCUACGAUAAAAUUAUUGUGCAGUGAACGUGUUUUAAUUAUUUUUGUUUUAUCUGCAAACAUUCGCUUUUAAAUUUUAGUGAAAUAAGUAGUGUUGAGUAACAAUCAACCUACGUUAAAUUUUAUUAAAAGAAACGUAUCAUUUUAAACACUUCAGCCUUUAAGGAAACUAAAUACAGUACUGUAUUUCGUUAAAUGGGGCUAAAACCUUGUAUUUAAGGGACAAUUUUAUUUGUUACCACAAAUAGCUAAAGUUUUAAUAUUUAAAAUUAUCUAAUGGACUAUAGAUUCAAGAAUUUAUUGAAGUCACGAUGUGUUCAUUUCAAACUUCGAAAAUAUGUUUAUUAUGUUGGAAGUUAUAUCUUGAUUCCGUGAAGGAUCACACUUAAAUAAAAGGAACAUCUCUUCAAUCAAAAUCAAAGCAAUAUGGACCCAGAUCCUGAUGAAGGAAACAGUCCACAACAAACUAGACGAAAUAAUUCUAAACUAAAAGUGUUAGUACGUAGCCAUGCAAUGCGCGAAGAAACAUCGCCUCCUAGAGAUCCAGUUCAUGCACGUUUGGUGUCUCCUUCGAUUAAAGUUAUUUCAUCUCCUGCUACCACACCAAGUCAAUCUCCACCACUUCCGCAAACCAAAGCUUUGGUAGUUUUAAGUCCUCCUCUCCAUAUAGGAAAAGUGUCUUCAUGUACUUCAUCCAGCUCUACAUUGGUUUCUUCACCCAUGGGAAAUAAUUCUCCCAGUGAAAUUGUAUACGCUGUUGAAACUGUACUAAAUAAAUAUUCAGAAGGGGAAAUAAAAGAUGGUAAUGAAUAUUCGUUAGUAAAAGAGAACCAGGAUAAACUGCAGGAAAGUUUAAUUGUACAAGAAGAAAUUUCGCAUGAGAACAUUUUCGUCAACGAAACUAGUCAAGAUAGAUGUAGACAUGAAACAUGUAUUUGCAAUUGUCCAAACCAGAAAUGCUUAAAAUGUUUUGAAGUCGAAAAGCGGAAUAGUAACAUAAAUAACAAUGUAAUGAGUAAUCCUAAUACUUUGACUGUUACUAAAGCAACAAAAAUAGGAAAAUUUCGACAACAAAGCUCGUCUUCACAAGGUAGUUUUGAUGCUAUUUCUUCGUGUUCGUCUCGCUUAAGUAGAGAAAGUAGUUCAAAUCAAUACACCGAUACCACGGGUAUAGAUCUCGAUCAGUUCAUUGCUGAAACACUUAAUCGAAAUGCAAAGGAUCGUGCAUUUAUGUUGCGAAUAGAACAAGAGCUAGUCAAUUUUGCCAAAGAUAGAUUACAAACUCAUUUUAAAUUUCCUCAAAUGUCAAGUUAUCAUCGUAUGUUAGUUCAUCGAUGUGCUGCUUAUUUUGGAAUGGAUCAUAAUAUUGAAUCUUCGGGCAAAUGUGUAGUAGUGAAUAAAACGAAAAAUACUCGUAUACCAGAAGUAGAAUUUAAAGACCACAUUAGAGAGGACAUCGUUUUUUCUGAGGAACCUAGGCGAUCGAUUCUCAAAAGGGACUCGAACAGUAUGGACGAUUACGGAUUUAAGUCUCCUGACCGACAAUUUGGUUUAGAAAGUAGACGUAGUAAAAGUUUUGAAGAAAGGGAAGAAGAAUACGAAAAAGUUAGAAGAAGAAUAUUCAGCAAAGAGAUGCAAGAAUUUAGCUCCGCAGAAGAAUUCUAUUGGGCCGAUAUUCCUUGGUCUAGUAGCGAUAGCGAUUAUUCAUCCCGAUGUAAAUUAAUACCACCGGGUAAAAUACCAGGGCGUUUACUUAAGGUGCAGUCUGUUGAAACUGAGAGUGAAACUUCAAGACCAUGUGUUGCCAAAAGUUACAGUUUCGGUGGCUAUGCGGGAAUGUCAACGUUAACAAGAGGCGACAGUGUUGUAUCAACACAUAGUGCUGGUCCAAGACUUCUUACCAAGCAAGAUUCUGGAGCGAGCACUGUGUCGUGGAGAUUAAGUCCUUCUAGUUCAGGGUACAAAUCACAAUCUCAAUUAUCAGAAUCUGUAACACCUUCUCCAACAUCUACCCCAUAUCCUGCUGAUACAAUAAGAUCGGACGCAUGUGGUGCUAUGUCUCAUACUAAUAUUAAUGAGUCUUCAUCAUUAAACCAGUCUGAAGGUCAAGUUGUAUGGGCUGUAACUGAUAUACAGCAUGUUCCAAAAGGCAGCAUUAUAAUUAUUCCACAGACAGGGGAGCCUCUAAAGAAUAAAGAUGGAUCUAUAUAUCACUACGAUCCUAUGAAUCCACCUGCAGGAAUAAAUACCGUAUCAUGUAAACCUCCAGUUUCGCCGCAAAAGUCGCCAACUCAUAAAAUAUACAAAGAGAUCUCAUCACCCAAAAGGCGAUCAAGAUCAUCUCCUUUGAAGAAAUUCAACACUACUAACAGUUCUACGAGUCCGAGUUUACCUUUUACUCCGCCUCCUCAGCAUUGUGGAAAUGCAGCAUUUAGAGUUCCCAAUGAAGCAGGGAGUCUACCUUUUCAACAAUUUCCAAUAUUAGCUGGUGGAUACGGUUCUGUUACUGGUUCUGAGACCUCCAUAUGUCAGCAACCCUGUGUUAUAUAUGGAUCUUAUGGGACACCUUUACCGCAAAAUUUUGAAAACAGAAUAGAAUCUCAUGUGCAAGAGCCUUCUCUAGGAUAUUAUGUACAACUGAAUCUACCAGAAGUACCUCCUAACCAAUCCCCCCAGCUUGCAUAUCAGCAACAGUCUUUAUGGCCUCAACUCCCUCUCACUUGCUAUCAAAAUUCCACAUCGUCGAAUGUACUUGGACAACGUUUGGCCAUGUCACUACCUUCUGGCCAAGCAGGGCCUUGCUUGUCUUCGUCUUUUCCACAGAAUUAUGUUCCCCAGCACAUUGCUAACCUACCUCAGCAACCGUCUCAUAAUACAGAAUUUGUUCCAAUAUUCCCACAACAACAUAUACAUAUGGUGUAUCCGCAACAAACAAACCAACCUAGUCCUAUAAUUUAUCCCAAUCAGCCUAUUGUUUAUGCUCAGAACCCGCUGUAUCAUAAUGUCAUGGUUCCUGUACAAAAUAUUCCUUAUCCUCAAUGUACAUCUGCUUCAAGUAUACCUGCCAGUUCCAAUACCAUUUUCAAUCCCUCUCCUCCUGAUCAAGGGGGCGGUGCAAACAUAGGACAAAUCACUCAUGGCAUGAAUCAGCUAAAUGUUUUCCCAGGUCAGGCAGGCACAGGAGGCAGUUCAGCUCCUUUGCAAAUGGGUCAGUACGAUAUAAGAACUCAAAAAAAUGGAACGCCUAAAGGCAAUAAAUUUAGUAUCCCUAAAAAUUUUUCAACAUGCUCAAGUCAUGGUGGCAGUACUGGCACGAAUUCUCCAGCAACUACAGUUAUUGCAGGAGGCUACAGCGGUGGCCAAGGUCAAAGUCUUUAUCAGACUCCUCAAACGUCUCCCACACAAAAUGUACAGUUUUCGUACGCUUCGGGGUUUGUGCAAGCAGGUCUACACAAACAGGCACCUAACGUGUUUCCGACAACAUCGAGUAGAAGUAGCAGGUCUCCUACUCCCGCAGGUGAUAUUCCUCAUAAUGACAAGCAAAGAUUUUCUCUUCCGCCCACGUUGUACCAGGGUGUACCAUUUGUUCUACAAGAUCCCAGAAUAAUGUCGAAUAGGGUGCAAACUCCAAAUUACCGACAACCUCCUAGACAGCAGAGCUUUAAUCAAGUCUCUGAGAACUGUCAUAGGUUUCAAAAAAGUCGAAAGUUCAGAGGAAAUAAAAAUAUACCAACCAAUGGAAAAUAAAUUAAUACCCAAAUUGUCGGAAAGCAACCGUUUAUUUACAGUUUUUAGCCUGUAUGUUAGUGUGUAUUAAUGUGGUUGAAUGUUCCUUUAUUUAUAAUAUA